CUCCCAACCUCCGGCCCCAUCAGCAACUUCUCAGACGUUUCUGGGACGCAGCAGGCACGCACACAGAAGAGAUGGAGACGACUGCGCUUUUCUCCGGAGACGCGGAUUUAAAUCUAUUUUAAGAAUGACUCUUUUUUGAAAAACAUAUAUAUAUUUAUAAGAAAUAUAGUUUGGCAUAAAUUGACGAUGGAGCAGGAGGAGAGUAAGAUAUCAGUGUGGGUCUGCCGGGAGGAAAAGCUCGUCCUCGGCUUGUCAAAGCGGACAACCUGCGCUGAUGUUGUCAAAGUUCUUCUGGAGGACCGAAACACGCAGCCCGGCCUCUCUGGGUGCUCACAGCCUUACUGCAUCGUGGAAAAAUGGAGAGGUUUCGAGAGGAUUUUGCCGAACAAAACCAAGAUUUUACGCCUUUGGCUGGCGUGGGGAGAGGAGCAGAGGAACGUGAAGUUUGUGUUGGUGAAAAGCGAAGCGUCUUUGGCGAACCACGGAGCCCGGAGCGCAGAGGCGCGUGUGGUGCUCAGCAAACAGAGUCCCCGUGUUUCCAAAGGGGCUGCGCGGUCUCCCAUGGGUGGCAUCUCAUCUGAAAAGCAGCGUCGGAUUGUCAGGAAAGCUUUCAGAAAGUUGGAGAAGAUCAAUAAAAAGAGGGCGCAGGCGGCGCACAGAGACGCGUCCUCUGCGGAAAAGAUGGAAACUCUGGUGCAUCUUGUGAUUUCUCAGGAUCAUACAAUCCGCCAGCAGAUUCAGAGGAUUACAGAACUGGACACUGAGAUUGAAAGGUGCGAGGCAAAGGUGCAUUUUGACAGAAUUAAAAGACACGGGAUUAAUUAUGUGCAAGACACGUAUUUAUUGGAUGAUGCUGCGACUUCCAGCCAAGAUGGAGACAAACUGUGUUCAGCUGAGACUCUGGCCAAGUUUGAAGAGUAUGUCCGGCAGUGUGAGGAGGUGGUGAGACUACAAGAGGAGCUGUGGGAUCAGGAAGCUCUGAUGGACAUCAUCACGGUGCAGAUUCAGGAGGAGCUGAAUCACCGCUGGAUGCACCGGAGGCAAGAAGAGCUGCAGAGCAAAGACACAGAGCCCGGCGAGGGCGCACCGUAUGUCCCCAGCACCGACGCAGACGCAACAUCAGAAAACCAACUGCUUUUGGAAAGAGAGAGAAUCAAAACGCAGCUAGAUGCGAGUUUAUACAUCGGCCUGCGCCUCAACACGGAUUUAGAAGCUAUUAGGAGCGAUUUAGAGCUCACCCAGGAGAUUUGCGAGGCGAGGGAGAAGGAGAUGAGGGAUUUGCUGGAGAAAGUGAACACUUUGGGUAUAGAGGAAGGGACAGUAAGUGAGGGGAGAUGUAGUCACGGGACAGAUGAUAAAACGGGGAUGAUGCGCACUUUGGAGAGGAAAAGCGAGUGGGUGGAGCAGGCCAGGGGUCUGUCCAAAUCUCACAGUGUGAACGACGACGACUCAGACACUGGUUUAAGUUCUCUGCACAGUCAGGACUCAGACAGCCAACCGGUGUGGGAGUCUCUGGUUUAGGAUUUUACCGGCGGGGCACGCUUAGAGACUUAUUUUUCUAACAAAAAAUGAACUUUUACAGUCUCAGGGAUCACAUUCACUCAGAAGAAAACGAACAUUUAGGACAAUAUUCCCAAAGAGAGGAUUAGUGAUUGAUAUGAGUGUAAACUUUGUUUUUUAGCAUCUUUUAUUGCAUCACUAUAAUAUAGUCAUGAUAUUCUUAUAUUUUUAUAACAUCCUUUAACUCCCUGAACAACUACUACAGUUUUUUUGUUUUG